AUGUUACAGCUACGUCAAAUGGUUUUUGAUUUCGCACAAAAAGAAUUAGCACCGAAGGCGGGAGAGAUCGAUAGAGAAAAUAAUUUUAAAGAAUUAAGAGAAUUCUGGAAAAAGCUUGGAAAUCUUGGGCUAUUAGGUAUAACAGCCAGUCCAGAAUAUGGAGGCACGGGAGGAAAAUACACAGACCACUGCGUUAUUAUGGAAGAACUCUCAAGGGCCUGUGGUGCGAUUGCAUUGUCUUACGGCGCCCAUUCAAAUCUGUGUGUCAACCAAAUCAAUAGAAAUGGCACUCAUGAACAAAAAAGUAAAUAUCUGCCAAAGUUAUGCUCAGGAGAACAUAUAGGAGCUCUGGCAAUGUCUGAGCCCGGGUCAGGUAGUGACGUAGUCUCUAUGAAACUACGAGCUGAAAAGAAAGGGGACUAUUACGUACUCAAUGGCAAUAAAUUCUGGAUCACUAAUGGACCUGACGCUGAUGUUUUGGUGGUGUAUGCCAGAACUAGCCUCACAAACAAACCCCAGCAUGGAAUUUCUGCAUUUUUAAUAGAAAAGGGAUUUCCGGGGUUUUCCACGGCACAGAAAUUAGAUAAACUGGGAAUGAGGGGUUCGAACACCGGCGAACUUGUCUUCGAAGACUGCAAAGUACCAGCAUCAAAUCUCCUCGGUGAAGAGAACAAAGGUGUAUAUGUACUCAUGUCAGGUCUAGAUUUAGAGCGGCUAGUAUUAGCAGCAGGACCCGUUGGUUUGAUGCAGGCGGCGGUUGACGCAGCCUUCGACUACGCUCACACAAGAAAACAAUUCGGAAAACCUAUUGGUGAAUUCCAAUUAUUACAGGGUAAAAUGGCGGAUAUGUACACAACGCUAAGCGCGUGUAGAAGCUAUUUGUACAAUGUUGCAAAGUCCUGUGAUGAAGGACAUGUUAAUAGCAAAGAUUGCGCAGGAGUUAUUUUGUAUUGUGCCGAAAAAGCUACGAAAAUAGCUCUUGAUGCCAUUCAGAUAUUAGGUGGCAAUGGCUAUAUCAACGAUUAUCCCACAGGUAGAAUAUUAAGAGAUGCUAAACUUUAUGAAAUAGGAGCUGGUACUUCAGAAGUCAGAAGAAUGUUGAUAGGCAGGGCGUUGAACAGUGAAUACAAAUAA